GCACCGUCCGCACGGUGUUUGGAAGUAGUUUUGCUUACAAAUGUGUUUUAGCUCGCCGUUUCGACCUGUGUUGAAUGUUGUAUUUUUCCGCUCAGAAACUUUUGCAACCAAUUUUGACAGCACGGAAAAUACGAUAAGGAUACAACCGCUGACCGUCUGAACCCAUUUGGUGAAAACUCCCAAGCUGAAGUCAUGCCUUUUCCCAGGGGGAAGAAACCAAGUGUUACUGCUGGCAGUAAAAUACCCAAAUUACGUGGCAAAGGGACAGAGAAUCAGGAGGAAGGCCCCCAGGUCAAGAGGUCGUCGUCCCCUCCCCAAGGAGCCCCUAAGAAGAGGACAGCCUUCGUAGACCUCACCAAUGCACACAAGGUUCACAUCAGCCUUCCAGGUACCAAGAAGAACUACUUUAAGAAGACUCAGAAGAAGAAGGCCACGUCCACUGUGUUAGACAAGAAUGAAGCCAACCUUAAAAAGUCUGAAUCAAUAAGCUCAGAGAGUCAGGAGGAGGAGAAACAGAGGGGGGAGGAGGAGGCCCCAGUUGAAGAGCUUGUGGUGGAGCCUGUUCCACCUAGAGAGUUGCCCCCCCACCUCCGGAGACCACAGAUCCCUGAGGAGUUUGAUAUAGACUCUCAGCACCAGGAUGACCCCACUCUGACUGCUCAGUACGCCAAGGAAAUAUUUGACUACCUCAAGGCCAGAGAGGAGAAGUUCAUCCUGUCUGACUACAUGUCCAUCCAGCCCAGUCUGAACGCUGGGAUGAGGGCCAUCCUAGUGGACUGGUUGGUCGAGGUGCAGGAGAACUUUGAGCUGAACCAUGAGACUCUGUACCUGGCUGUGAAGGUGACAGACCACUUCCUGUCCGCAGCUCCGGUCAACAGAGAGGAUCUACAGCUUAUAGGUUCUACAGCCUUGCUCAUAGCAUCCAAAUUUGAGGAGCGCUGUCCGCCCUGUGUGGAUGACUUCCUGUACGUCUGUGAUGAUGCGUACAAGAGGGAGGAGGUUAUUGCUAUGGAGACGAGCAUCCUGCAGGUGCUGGGGUUCGACAUCAACAUCCCCGUCCCCUACCGCUUCCUCAGGCGAUAUGCCAAGUGUGUGAGUGCCAGUAUGGAAACUCUAACCCUGGCCCGGUAUGUGUGUGAGCUGAGUCUUCAGGAGAUGGACCUGGUCCCAGAGAGAGGAUCAUUACUGGCCUCUGCCUGUCUGCUGUUGGCUCUAGUCACCAAGGAGCUGGGAGGAUGGAUCGGUCUCUACUUUCGGCUCCUGGUUCUUCAAUGCCUUGUCUGGCAUCUUACUGUCCCCAUAGUCAGUACAGAGGGGCUGGUAAUACUUUUAUGGUCUGUAUUUAAUCACCCCUGUCUAGUCCUCCAUCCUGGUGUUCCACUCUGGGUACACAGUGUCAGAGCUGGUCCCUGUUGUCCGGAGGCUCCAUUCCAUGCUCACCUCCCCGCCAGACGACAAACUCCUGGCCAUCCGGAGCAAGUACUCUCACAAGGUUUUCUUUGAAGUGGCGACAACUCCGAUGGUGGACUUGGACACGUUGGAGAGGGCGUUGAAGUAGAAACUAGUGGGUGGGAGAAUAUCUACUUGUCUAAGGAAGUCACUGUAUAUAUUCUGUAAUAUUUAUAUAUCACUGUUAAGUUUUAUAAUGAAGGGAUGGUAUCUGUUCUGUUGUAUAAAGCAAAAGCAGAUUUAUUUUCUUUUCAGCAGCAAUUGCUUUUUUUUUUUUUUGUUGUACUUGUUCAAGUUGUAUCUCUUUUUACACUAAGAAAAAAACAUGUUUAAACUUUUUAUACAAGAGUUGAAGGCUGAUCUAAAAGUUACAGAGGUAUUUUUAGAGGUGUUGUGAAAAAGUAAAUAGAUUUACUGUUAAUACCGUCGACCAUUUGAUAUUGUUGUGUAACCCACGGUAACAGUGUUCUUUAUAGGUAUAAACGAUACGGCUGUCUCUGUCCGGAGUUGUCAAGGUUUUUGCUCCAAUUGACACGACUCAUUCUACUAAAUCGGCUUCUCGUCAGGACCUUGAUUAGCAGAAGCAGGUGUGUUAGACUGGUGCUGGAACGAAACCCUGCAUAUUACUCGGUACCUCUCCAG